CAGAAGCUAUUGCUCAACUCCCAAGUUACAACAUGUGUCUUUGCUCAGAUGACGAAGUGGCUGGCGACGAAGAAGACACACGUUCGAUUCCUCAGGCCACCAGAUGAAUGUCAUAAGAAGGCUGUCAUGUGACCACCACCAAGUCAUCAUCACCACCACACAGUCAUGUGCGUCCGUGUGCGGACCCUCCUGCUGUUGGUGGUGGUGCAAAGCGUCGACUGGACUCAUGCAGCUCAGGAUGAGUGCAAAGACUACAAGGUUCAGUUUGAGCGCGUGUUUUCAGUGCCGGGCGAUGCGGCCAUGAUCAACUGCACGCUGGCAUCUCCCGACGUCUUCAACUUGACGGCGGCCUCUUACGAGGUGAACUGGUACCACGUGGAGACGGGACGAGCGCUCCGAAACGUCAGCCGCCGCGUCCUCAUUCGAGGGGAGACCCUGUGGUUACUCAACGUCACCAUGCGCCGCAACGGACAUUACCAGUGUGUGCUCAGGACUAGCACGUCGGGUUGCUUCAAGCAAUCAACCAGGUUGGUGGUGGAGCGGCCGCUGCGAGGCGAGUGCGGUCGACCGCGCAAAGCCUCUCAGGUCCUCACAGUGGGCGUGACCGACACGCUGGCCUGUCCAAUCAAAGAGGUCUUCAAAACGCUUCGAAGCUACGGCGUCCCCGCCUCCGUCACAUGGUACAGAGGCUGCGACGUGAUUGAAGACGGUUUUGAGGGACACGUGUACCGCAACCGAGCUCGGCUGAAAAUUAAAAACGUGGACAGCCGCAACAACCACCCGUACACGUGCACCCUCAACUUCAACCUGGGCGGCGUGGCGGCGUCCAUUUCGGAGUCCAUCCAGGCUUGGGUGCAAGAGGAUUACUGCUUCUUGCCCCAAGUGCUGCAGCCAGCCAAUGACAUCCUCAAAGCAGCCCCGGGGUCUCGUUUGACACGAACAUGUCGAGUGUUUGUGCCGUGCAUCGGCACCGUUCCCGACGACGCAAUGGUGGACGUUUUUUGGUUGGACGAUGUUGACUUCAUUUCCACCAACAACUCGGAAAGGAUCUUUGCAUCGGGACCACGCGUGUGGCGUGCGAGCGUCCCACCGAAAGGUGUGUGGAUGGAGAGCGUGCUGACCAUUUCCUCCCUGGAGGAGGCCGACUUCCUGGUCAACUACACGUGUCGAGUGUACAGCGCGCGAGGAAUUCCUCAGGCUCACUUUUCCGUACUGCCUCAAGAGCAAGGUGCCCAGGUUGCCGUCGGCUGUGCGCUCGGUGGUGUGGCGGCGCUGGCGGUGAUUGCCGCGGUGGUGUACUUCCAUUUCAAGAUUGACGUGGUGCUGUUCUUCCGCAGCUCCUUUGCGGUCUUUUAUGCAAAUGAGGAAAACGACGGUAAGCGCUUUGACGCAUAUGUGACGUCCUACUACCCGCUCGGCUGCCAGUUGGAUGUUAGCCACCGAGUGCUAACGUUUGCAAUGGAGAUUCUGCCACAAGUGUUGGAAAAAGCUUGCGGCUACAAACUCUUCAUAGCCGGACGAGACUGUCUGCCGGGACAAGCCAUGGUCGACACCGUGCACGAAAACAUGCUGGCCAGCCGCAGACUCCUGCUGCUCUACGGCGCCUCGUUCUUCACCUGCACGCACAGCCGCCACCACCUCAACAACCGACGCAACAACAACAACAACAACCUGGGCGAGGACGUCUGUUUGGACCCGCGCCGGCAAUACGAAUGGACGGUGGCCAUGCAUCAGGCACUCGUGGAGGGCACCCUCAAGGUAGUGCUGGUGGAGCUGGAGGAAGUGAGCCCAGCCCAGCUGGCUCUCUUCCCAGAGUCGCUGCGUCACCUCCGGAGGAAACAGGGCGCCGUGUGCUGGUGGAAGAACCACAAGCGCCACCACCAUCAGCACCAGGGGCUGAACCGGAAGAGCUGGACCAACUGCAGCGGGAAGUCCUUGCCGUCCAAGACCGCCACACGGGAGCAAGAGGAAGUGCGCUCGUCACACUGCCUGUCGCCGUCAUCCAAGUUCUGGAAGGAAAUCCUCUAUCACAUGCCGGUGAAGGGCAAGAGGGCAGCGCCCCUCAAAAAGACCACGCUCUUCAGAAGUCACAGCGACGUCUCGCUGGUAAGUUCACGUGUAAAUUUUCAGCAACUCGAGUCCAUUCAGUCACUUCUGCAGCAGCGAAUAAGAAGCCGGAUCAGACCGAUGGCUCGGCUGUGUGCGUUCGCCAUAUUGCUCGCUGCGGCCAGCACGCUCGGCCACAAGGAGCCGCCAGACACCUACCAUGUCAGUGUGGGCCACCUCCUGCUGCUCAAGUGUCCCAACGUAGGCGAAAAGGGCAACGUCACGUGGACCAGAAAGGAGGCGCCGGCGGCUCCGGUGCCGUCAUUACCUCCUGGCGUGGAAGUCAGGGAUGACUUUUUGUACUUCCUGCCCGCGCAGAUGUCCCAUAAUGGCUCCUACAGCUGCCAGAGAACGGCGCCAAACAAAACUUUCAAGAUUGACUUUGGCGUGUUGGUGUCCCCUGGACAAUGUCCCCCCGUGGCCGAAGAAAGGAGCAUCCCUCUGGGGGUCACCCAGAGCCUCCCGUGCAAACUGGACCACGUCCUACGACGUAACGACACGACUAAUAUACGAUGGCUGAAGGACUGCCGCUUGGUAGAACGAGAGGGCGCGGUUAUCAGCAGGCAGGACAGCGGCCUGAGACUGAGCAGAGCCAUGCAGGAGGACGCCGGCAUUUACACUUGCCUUGUGGACAUCAGCCUUGACGGCAGAGUGUACACAUCGGCACGCAGUGUCCAACUCCACAUCAACAAAGCAUUGGCGCAGACGGUUCUUAUCGAGCCAGAGGUGGUCCAGCAACAGGAUCAAGUGCUCACGGUGGACAUGGGUGCGCGUGUGGAGUUGAAGUGCUUGGCCUUGGUGGGCUACAGCCAGAAUAAGGAGACGUCAAUGUUCUGGAUUGUCAACGGCAGCUUUGCGGACGAAGACCCGGAGCUCAACGAGUCCUUCCACUUCACGUCAAACCAAGGCCACGUGUUUGGCGAGUCCACCCUGACCAUUUUGAGAGUUCUUCCUCGUUUCCUCAACGUGUCCAUUCACUGUCGGAUACAGAGCCCUCUAGUGGUGAAAGAUGGUCUCGUGGUGCAGCUUGUGGAAGCCAAUCGCAGCUGGUUCUACACCGGCGUGGCAGUGGGCGUGGCCUCUUCGCUGCUUCUUCUCAUCUUCCUGUUGGUCUUUUUCAAGGUGGAUGUAGUGUUGACGUACAGGAAGCUGCAUGGAUAUUUUGUCACUCCACAAGAUGCCGACCGGCUCCCGUACGACGCCUUGGUGAGCGUGGUUCCCACCGCAGGCUCCGAGACCAGGUCAAGCGUGGCUUCUGAUUUCGCCCUGCAGAUACUGCCAGGCCGGCUGGAGGAACGACAUGGCCACCGCCUCUUCAUCUCAGGCCGAGAUGACAGCCCGGGAGAAGCAACACACGAUGCCAUGGCGGCCACCAUGCGACAAUGCCGCCGGCUGAUCAUCAUAGUGGCCAAGGAGACGGACAAGGAGUUGGAGGAGAAGAAAAAAGAGGAGGAGGAGAAGAAGGAAGCAAAGGAAUGGCAGCCCUUCAGGCUCGAGGACCGACAGCUGAGCUACGAGCAGAAGCUCGGCCUGCAUGACGCUUUGAUGCACAACGCACCCACGGUCAUCCUGCUGGAAAUAGACGGUCCGCCUGAUUACAGACGCCUGCCGCAGUCGCUUGCCUACAUCAAGAGGAGGCAGGGAGCGCUCACGUGGAGACAAAAUAGAGCCAACGGGUUCUUCUGGAAGAAGCUCCGGUUCCUCAUGCCUGCCGUGCCAGCCAGCAGACAAUCGAGACCACGUCAAGAUCACAUUUUGUGAACGAAAUGCAGCGACCGCAUUCGGAAUUAUUCACUCAUUCCUGACUGCUUAAGUACUCCAGACAGAGCCACUCACCAAUGAUUAAAAGCCUACUUUUAAAGACUUCAAACCUUAUUUUCAAUCCUGGACUCUUGUUUGAGCCGUACUUGGAACCCCCAAACCUUGUCUAAUAGUUUAAAAGCGCAUCUUUGACAAGUACGUAAAGUCUAAAAAAAGAUGAAAAGGAUUUGGCUGUGCAUGCUUGCUGUCCCCGUCUGACCUCUACCCCCUACUCACCCCGGAUUUGUGUGAGUGGAUGUGUGCGUGUGUGUGUGUGUGUGAGACGGUGGCACGCUCCCAUUGAAAGGGUGGGGGGUGGGGGUGGGCUCUGUGUAGUUAGUGCGGCAGCUGGGAUCUGCUCCUUGCUUUUGUUCCCGUUUGACCUUUGUGACCCGGCACUCGCGCUGCGUGUGGGUGAACACACACAGACACGCACACACAUUUACAUAUGUGUGUGUAUAUUUGCUCACACACUCCACAGACGUGCGCACGAUCAAGGCCAGUGGGGAACAUCUAUCAGGACUUAAUUAGUGUGUGUGUGUGUCACUGCUCAAGCUUUUCUUUUUUUGAAAGUAAAAAUAAAGCAAAAGCAAUGGACCCCUUGGAUUCUCAUUCAAGUCAAAGUUUAGUAAAAAAAAUGUAUACAAGCGAUGACGAUCAGACUUAAAUCAUUCUUAUUUAUCCUUUUUAAAUGAUCAUUUGUACUUCAUUUACAACACGUUCAGGCCCACCGACGGUUAUGAACACAUUUGUUGUAUUUCAUUUUUGGUUGAUAGAAAUUUGAAAUAAAAAUGACUCUUCACAAGAAAC